UGCAGCUCAGUCGCCCUCUACAUAAUGCCAGUUCUCGCAACAUCAUUGAACUCCUCGCUUGGUCCUGCCGUCUGUCGUGUAUGCUUAUGUGGAGAAACAUCAAUUCCUUAUCUCGGGAAAUCUCCUGGAGAGCCUUUGAUCUCACCCUGCCACUGCAAGGGAACAAUGGGAUUGUAUCACCGCAGCUGUCUGGAACACUGGUUAUCCAUUUCGCGAACUUAUUGGUGUGAAAUCUGCAAAUUUCGAUACGAAGUUGGAAGGCGCAAGCAAGGUUUCCUAUCAUAUAUUCGUGAUAACUGGCAUUGCUAUGGUGCAAGUAGUGAAGGUCAUAGUAUAGCGGGAGACUGUGCUUGUCUCUUGAUUCUGUUGCCGCUUACAAUUGGAGGAUCCAUUCUCUGCCUACAGAGUGCUGCUGAGAAACUCCAGUAUGUGAAUGAAAAGGGCGAUUUUGAACGAGUACACGAAAUAGUUGCGCUGGGGUUAAUGGCUUUGUUUCUCAUAGUCAUUUUCGGCUUCUGGGUGGUGUUUAUGGUGAUGUUCUACUCGAAGGAUUUUUAUAUGUGGCAGAAGAAAAAUAUGAAACUAUAUGUAAUUGAUCAGUUGGACAGAGAGGAAGAGACUAGUAGUCGGCUACAUAAUCGUCUGAGCGAGUCGCUUCGUCCUCUGCUAAUCAAGAAAAAGCUGAAAAAGUUUUUUUGCUGUGGUUGGAGUGUUCCAAUCAAGGAAGACACUGUGAUACCGCUCCAAGAUGCUAUACUUGAUUUGAAUCCGCAACUGGUGGAGGCAACCGGAAUUUCAUUCCGUUCAUCUCGACUACCAACUGUAACUCCUGCUGCGGGUCCUAUACUCGUUUCUCCAAUUUCAUGCGCAUCUAAUGCUACACCACUAGCUGCUGGACCCAAUCUGUCUACAGCGAUAUUAGUCAGUACACUAACGGCUUCAUUUAAUGGAGAUGAAAACACUUUCGAAGUGCCAACAAUGUCCACAUUUCGGCCACAUUACACUAGUGCUAGCGCCCAAAUGCUUGUGUCUACUCCUUUUAGGACUUCGCCACUAUCAGUGUUCGAUGCAGUGGAGGAAAAGCGAUUAGAUAUUGGGACUCCUUGUGGCACUUCAACAGAGUCAGAUACAGCGACUGAUGUCCCAGGGUCCCCGAUUGCAUCUCUAAAUGAAGCGGUUGCCACCACUCGAACCAGUCCUAGAGUCGAAACGCUAUUAUGACUUUUCCACCUCAUCCACUGGAAUGACUGUUUACUGCAGACCUCACAUCAUUACUUUCGGUUUGCUACCUGCCCCUAUCGUGUAAUGUAACACAAAUCUGUGAUUAUAAAAAUUUUCUGUUUACUUUUUGGAAAUCUGGAUAACGGUUUGUCUUGAGAGCUUUCUACAUUUUGUGCAACAGUGCUCGAUGUGAUAGGAAUUUUUCUAAAAAUAGACUAUUUGUUUUCCUUUGCAUCAUCGCAAUGGUUCCAAGUGCUCAAUGUGUCAUCUACGCAUCAUUCUUCUAUGCGAUAGCUGUAUAGCUUUUAUUUUCUUGUUUGACGUGAUCUCCCUGUGAUUAUUUGAUUAUUGUUUGCAUAAAGUUAUGUUCCUGUUGACUUUGCGGAUGAA